AUGUCGGAACGUAAAGUCCUCAACAAGUACUACAAUCCAGAAAUGUGGGACAGUAAAAUCCCAAAACGAAAAAUUCCAAAGAAUAACCAGACCAAGAUUAGGAAUAUGGUUGCAAUGACCAUUCAGUGUACAGUUUGUGGUGAGUAUAUCUUUUCAGCCAAAAAGUUAAAUUCAAGAAAGGAGGUUAUUGAAGGUGAUGAAUAUUUGGGAAUGAAGAAUUGUCGUUUCUAUUUUCGUUGUACACGAUGUGCCAGUGAAUUGACUUUAAAAACUGAUUAUGAACACGAUAGAUAUGUUUGCGAACAUAAUUGCAAGUCUAUUCAUGAUCGUUCGGAAGGCAUUGCAAAACAAGAGGAUAAAAAACAAGAGGAUAAUGUUGAGGACGAAAUGAAUGCAUUGGAGAAAAAGGCAAUUUCUUCUAGAGAAUAUCAAGAGGAUAUUGAUCAAUUGGAGGAAAUUAAGGAAAUAAAUUCUCAGAGAGAGGCCAUCUCAAAUCAAUCUUUGGCAAGAAAGGAAAGCAAAAGAGAAGAAUCUUUCAAGUUUACCUCAAAAGAAGAGGAUGAAUUGUUAGAGUUCGUGGAGUACCAAUCCAAAUUGGGAAGACGUAAAUUUCAAGGUGAUGAAGACAUUGAGAUACUUUCAAAAAUUGAUGACAAUAUUUCCUCUGAAAAAUCAUUCAUUUCAGAAAUUCAAGAAAUUUCAAUGCAACCAAAAAAGAAAAGAAAGCAAAAAAGGUCAACUAAGGAUAAAAUUAGCCUUAAUAUUGAUUAUUAA